CACAUACAAGCAGUUCCUUGCUGCUGCACACAAGCAUCAUAAUAAUACUUGUCUACAGACGGCAAGAUGGCGACAGCAAACGGAGCUUCGAACAAGAAAAAAGAUUAUCGCUUGAGGCGCCAGAAAAGACAGCAGAUCCGACAGUUGAUCGAUGCUAUUGAAAGCAAUGACCUGAACAGUGUCUUCAAUCUCUGUAACUCCGUCCUUGAUAUAAACUUCCCUUAUCGUAGAAAAACCCCACUUGAGGUGGCCGUUGAACUGGGUCAUGUCCAGAUCUGUUGUGCACUUCUUCAGAAAGGAGCAGAUGUCAACCGCUGUAACCAGGGUCUUAACAACUUACUGAACAUAGCCUGUCAGAAAGGUUAUAUCAAAGUAGCUGAAGUGCUCAUCAUGAACUCUGCGGACAUAGACAGUCGAAAUGAGCAUGGUGCUACUCCUCUACAUUCGGCUGUCUUGAAUGGUUUUGUGGAGGUAGCUAGCAUGCUGCUCAACAAUGGUUGCGAUGUGGAUAUCCCAAAUGACCAGGUGGAAACACCAUUGAUGACAGCAGUUCGAACGAACAACCAUCAGAUGGUGGAUCUUUUGUUGAAUCACAACUGCCUUGUUGAUGCUCAUAAUUUCCAGAUGAUUACAGCACUGAUGAUAGCGACUGGCUGCGGAUAUCUUGAUAUUGUGGGUCGCCUUCUCAUUGGAGGAGCAGAUAUUAACCGAAGGGACCGCUAUGGCUGUACAGCUUUGUUUUAUGCUGUGUCUGAGGGUUACCGAGAUGUUGUAAAACUGUUAUUGUCAUCAGGUUCUGAUGCCGAUAUUAAGACCGUCAAGAAGCUCACAUGUUUGACUGAAGCCAUCAGAAAGAAUCAUAUAGACGUUGCAAUGUGUCUGCUAGAUUACGGAUGUAAUGUCAACAUGUGUGACCGCCAGGGAGCCAGUCCGAUCCUUGUAGCAAUCAGCCAAUUGACAGUUUAUUUUGGCCAACAAGAAAACCCUCGGUCAUUAGUGAACAGGUUCAUUGAACUGAAAUGUGAUGUUAAUCUUGCUGACAGCUCAGGAAUUCGGCCACUCUAUCAGAGUGCUAUGGGCGGAGAUUUUGAACUGUCCAAACUAUUACUGGAGAAUGGUGCUGACAUCAAUGCAGUUGAUGGUAAUGGUGACACGGUGCUACAUGCUGCAGCUUAUGGCAACAGUUUUGAUUUGGUGAAGCUUUUCAUUGAAUUAGGUUGUGAUAUUAACAAACAGAAUGAUAAAGGAGAAACAGUUCUGUGGCCAACAAUUUCUUCAUCAAAUUUUCAGAUAACAGAAUAUCUUGUGAAGCACGGAGCUGACAUAAACUUGCAGGAAAAGACAGAAAAGAUGACACCACUUCAUAUUGCUAUUGCUGCACAUAAUAUUAAAGCUGUUCGUUUCUUCAUUGAAUCAGGUUGUGAACUAAACAAGUGCAAUACCAAUGGCCAGACACCAUUGCUAUUAGCAUGUGAGAAAGGUGAUGAUGAAGUUGUUGAGAUGCUCCUUGCUCAGCCUCGGUGCAAAAGAAACUGUUCAUCAUCUAUUGCACCCCUCCACAUUGCUGUGGAAUACGGUCAUCUUGCCGUUGUGAAGAAGCUUGUUGAGGGUGGCUGGAACAUCAAUCAGAUGAAUAAUGUUGGACAAACUGCAGUUCAGCUUGCCUGCUCACUUGACUCUAUGAAUAUGGUGAAGCUACUUCUGAUGUAUGGAUGUGAUCUCAAUGCUCAUGCCAGUUUCCCAUUGUUAGUGCAUUUAGGAGCAGACGAUGAUGACAGCCCCUUUUUUGUGCAGGAACCCUUCUACUCAGCCACAGUCAACAAAAACAUUGAUAUGAUCAAACUGCUUAUUAAGUGCUACCAGAAUAUUCCUACUAAAACAGUGAAAACCAUCGAAAGUCUGAUUAGCACAUCUUCUGUCAUUUCUUCCCUCUUUACUAAAGAUAUGAAAAUCCAGAUAGCAGAACUGAUGCAGAAAGCGCACAAAUACCCCCGCUCACUAAUGGAGAUCUGCCGGGUUGUUAUACGGCACCAGCUGGGAGUGAAUCCUCGUGCUAAGCUGGAUACAAUUGAGAAGCUUGCACCCAGCCACAAAGAUUACAUUUGCAUGGUUGAAGAGCUGAAAAUAGACAGUCCUCAUAUUUACAAAACUGGCUGGUGAUAGAGUAUUGUAUGAUGUACCAGCUUUCUAAUUUUAAAAUGCCACACAGAAACUUCUACCCUCACUUUUACCCACCACCCAUUUUAAACCCCAUCCUCAUCCCUACCACCAGAUUUUACAAUGCCACUAAGAGACCACACCAAUUUUUAAAUGAGAUUAUAUAUAUAUAAAUUUGUAUAUGUGUAUGCACAUUGUGUGUGCAUGCACAUGUAUGUGUGUGUGUAUACAUAUAUAUAUAUAUAUA